GACACGCCCACUGCCCCUUCUUGGAGCAGCCGGGGUCUGGAAGUGGAGAGCGGAGCCUCUCCCCGGAAGAAGCCGCCUCCGCGCUCGGAUGCGCGCCAUGCUCGCCUUGCGGAGCGGCCUGGUCCGGGCGCUGACCCCGCAGGCGCGCGCGGCUCAGGUGUGCUCAUCUUUUGCUACAGGGCCCCGACAACAGGAUGGAACAUUCUAUGAAUUUCGUACCUGUUAUUUUAAGCCCUCAAAAAUGAAUGAGUUCCUGGAAAAUUUUAAGAAAAAUGUUCAUCUUCGGACAGCUCACUCUGAAUUGGUUGGAUUUUGGAGUGUAGAAUUUGGAGGCAGAAUUAACAAAGUAUUUCAUAUUUGGAAAUACGAUAAUUUUGCUCAUCGAACUGCAGUCCGUAAAGCUUUGGCCAAAGAUAAGGAAUGGCAAGAACAAUUCCUAGGUCCAAAUUUGGCUCACAUUGAUAAACAAGAGUGUGAGAUUACUUACCUGGUCCCAUGGUGCAAAAUAGAAAAGCCUACAAAAGAAGGAGUGUAUGAACUGGCAACUUUUCACAUGAAACCUGGUGGUCCAGCUCUGUGGGGUGAUGCAUUUAAAAGGGCAGUUCAUUCUCAUGUCAAUCGAGGAUACACAAAACUAAUUGGUGUUUUCCACACAGAAUAUGGAACACUCAACAGAGUUCAUGUUCUUUGGUGGCAUGAGAGUGCUGACAGUCGUGCAGCUGGGCGACAUGAGUCUCACGAGGAUCCCCGAGUUGUGGCGGCUGUUCGGGAAAGUGUCAACUACCUGGAAUCUCAGCAGAAUAUACUUCUGAUUCCUUUAUCAUUUUCACCAUUGAAGUAGUUUGGUACUGAAAAUACUAAGUAUUUCAUUAACUGGUAUUAUAAGGUGUGUCUUCCAAUGGUGCUUAAAUUCUCCCAAGAAAAUGAUUCUUUUUUCUUUGAAGAAGGUGGUAAGUUAAUUCACUAUGUUCUUUAUAUAUUUUAAAGCCAUGUCUAUCAUUUGUUACCCCUAUUUCAGGAAAUAAGAGUUCAUUUUCCACUUGGUAUUUCAGUACUUGUCACAUGAUGAAAAUAUCAAUUAGAAAAUAGGCCCUAAUACAAAAAAUCUUUGAAGACUCUUGGUUUACAUGUGGAAAUGUCUUUGUAAUUAUUACUUCAUUUUCCAUCUUAUUUUACAGAGAUAAUUGUUACUGUAUAAUGGUCUUGAUUUUUUACUUGUUUCAGACUAUGUCUUCUGUAUUCUAAUAAACUUGUAUUCCAUUAAUAAGGUCACAUUUUCAUGCUUGUGACCAUAUAGUUAAAUUAUUAAUACACACUAUCAAUCUUUGCAUCAUGUCUGUUUCCCUAAGGUCAUUGUUUUCAGUUUUUUUGCCCUGUAUAUUUUAUAGUAUCAAAUGUGAUUCAUGAAAAUACUGGACAUGUAUCUUUUGCUAUGUAAAACUAUAUUAUUAUUUGUGUCCUUUUUUAUGGUUUUCUAAUUAGCUAAUUAGUUAGAACACGUUAUUAGGUGCCCAUACUUAAAAUCUUUGAAGACUGUGGUUUCUAUGCUGAAGUAUCUUCAUUUAUAAUUAAUUGUAUACUAAUUAUUCAUUUUGGAUCCUUGGUUUAAUGAUAUCUUUUGAAUAUGGAAAUCUUUUCCCUAAUAAAAGCCUACCUGUAUAUUCUAA